GGUCAGUGCACGAAUUUGCUUGCUGAAUAACUAUUGUUAUUAUUAUAAUAUUAUACCUAUCGUCGUUGUAAUCGAAAAACGCCAUCACCAUGAACGGAAAAAUUGUCUUGUGUUUCGCGGUCGUCUUCAUUGGACAGGCCAUGUCAGCUGCAACCGGUACUACUUCUGAAGUCGAAGACAUUAAAAAAGUUGCUGAACAAAUGUUACAAACUUUUAUGUCUGUUGCCAAUCACUUAGUGGGAAUUACCCCUAACUCUGCUGAUGCCCAAAAAUCCAUUGAAAAAGUUAGAACUAUAAUGACUAAAGGAUUCACAGACAUUGAAAUCGAAGCUAAUAGAAUGAAGAUAUCGUGCGCAAAACGCUGACCCGAAAUUGGUGGAAAAUACGGAUUAGAAAAGGAGUUGAAAAAAAAUCUUAGUACUGCCAAAGACAUGUUCGUAGAUAAAGUCGUCAAACCCAUCGGCGAAAAGGUAGAAUUAAAGAAAAUCUCCGAAAACGUUAUCAAAACUACCAAGGAUAUGGAAGCUACCAUGAACCGGGCCAUCGACGGAUUUAAGAAACAAUGAUUGUUUUAAAAUGACGUGUGACUAAUCCAAACAACAAUUUUUAUAUUUUUUU